GCGUUUUGCAAGUGGCUUUCAGAGGGAGGCUACUUAGAAUAUGAAAGUGACCUAGUCCUAGGGCUUCCUGCUUCCCCAGGAGGGUCCCCAGCAGGGGUGCGUCCUAGCCAGGAGGAGGAGGGUGGGAGGCCACCCACAGGCCAGCAGUCCCCUGAAUUUCCUUAGAUAGUAGUCAAGUUCGGAUACCCAGGUUCACACCAAAACCGCCCGUUGGCCUGAGCCUGGAGUCGCUCUCAGAGCACCCCGGAUCCACCGCGCGGCUGAGCUGGGGCAGGAAAGGGGCGGGACCGACCUGGGUUCUACUCUGCAAAGCUAGGAGCACCUGACGCAAGCCCCGGCCCCGCCCCUGAGCCCGGCCGCCGAGCCAGGCUCCUCCCCGUGCCUCGGCCCUUUUCCGCUCCAGACCGCUCUCUCCUAGAAGGCCGCAGAGAGGUCGCCAGUCCGGAGACCUGAGACCAGAUCCAGAUCUCGCAGACCAUGGCAGUAACCUUGCCGCUGCGCGACUGCCAGGCAUGGAAGGAUGCUGGGCUCCUGCUCUCCACCACAAGCAAUGAGGCCUGCAAGCUCUUUGAUGCCAUCGUGACCCAGUAUGUGAAAUGGAGCAAUGACAAGAGUCUCGGUGGCAUCGAGGGCUGCCUGACAAAGCUCAAAGCAGCAGAUCCGACCUUUGCUAUGGGCCACGUCAUCUCCAAUGGCCUCAUGCUUAUUGGCACCGGAAACUCGGUGAGGCUGGACAAAGAGCUGGACCAGGCUGUGAAGACCAUGGUGCAGAUUUCAGAAACCCAGCCACUGACGCCAAGGGAACAGCUGCACGUGUCUGCAGUGGAGACGUUUGCCAAGGGGAACUUCUCCAAAGCCUGUGAUCUGUGGGAACAGAUUCUGUGGGACCACCCAACAGACUUGCUGGCCCUUAAGUUUGCCCACGAUGGCUAUUUCUACCUGGGCUACAAGGCACAGAUGCGAGAUUCUGUUGCUCGAGUUUACCCCUUCUGGACACCUGACGUGCCGCUUAGCAGCUAUGUGAAAGGCCUCUAUUCUUUUGGUUUGAUGGAAACCAAUUUCUACGACCAGGCAGAAAAGGUUGCCAAAGAGGCUCUCGCCGUUGACCCCACAGACGCAUGGUCUGUGCACACCAUAGCACACAUCCAUGAGAUGAGGGCAGAAGUCAAGGAGGGGCUGGAGUUCAUGCAGCGCUCAGAGAGUCAGUGGAAGGACUCCGAUAUGAUUGCUUGCCACAAUUACUGGCACUGGGCUCUGUACUUGAUUGAGAAGGGUGAAUACGAGGCGGCACUGACCAUCUUCGAUGACCACAUCCUGCCCAGCCUGCAGAGGAGCGGUACCAUGCUGGACGUGGUGGACAGCUGCUCCAUGCUGUUCCGCCUGCAGAUGGAAGGUAGGGUGUCUGUGGGCCAGCGGUGGCAGGACGUCCUGCCUGUGACACGGCCUCACAGCCAGGACCACAUCCUGCUGUUCAAUGAUGCCCACUUCCUGAUGGCCUCCCUGGGCGCCCAGGACCGCCAGACCACGCAGGACCUGCUGACCAGCCUGCGGGAAGCCAGCGAGUCCCCAGGGGAGAACUGCCAGCACCUACUGGCCCGAGACGUGGGGCUGCCCCUGUGCCUGGCCCUGGUAGAGUUCAAAGAUGGGAAUCCAGACCGUGCACUGGAGCUGCUCCUGCCCAUCCGCUACCGCAUCAUCCAGAUCGGGGGCAGCGAUGCCCAGAGAGAUGUCUUCAACCAGCUGCUGAUCCACGCGGCCUUGACCUGCACCUCCAGCGCCCACAGGAACUUGGCCCGGAGCCUUCUGAUGGAGCGCAACGCCUUGAGGCCCAACUCACCCCUGACCCAGCGACUCAUACGAAAGGCGGCUGCCGUCCACCUCAUGUAGAGAUCCGCUGGCCUGGGGCUGUGUGAACCCGGGGGCAGCCUCCCUUGCACCAAACCAGCCGUCCUGCUGGGUCGGGGUCAGGAGAGAGCCGGGGCCUGCUUGUCUGGGCUGGUGGUGAAGAUUCAGACAGAGCGCAAAGCGUCCUGAAUGCAUAGUUUCAUAGAGAGGGAAUGCAAAUUAAUUUUCAAAGUGAUUUAGAAUUUGCUUCCAGUGCUUUCCAAUGGCCAAUAUGCACUUUUUGUGUGGUUCUAGGGAUUAGCCUUCACUUGCUACGCAAGUGCCUAUCUCUCAGCUACACCCCAAGCACUUUGUAUUUUGUGACACAGUCUCAUUAAAUUGCCCACGCUAGCCUCAAACUCGCAACCUUCCUGGGUCAACCUCCCAAAUCGCUGGAAUGGGGGACAUGCACCAUCACCGCUGGUCCCAAUGUGCUGUUUUGUCUUGCACUGGGGAUUGAAUCCAGGCUGUUCUAACCCCCGACAGACCCACUUUUUUGAGAUAGUGUCCCAUGGAGUUGCUCAACUCAGGCUAGGCUCAAAUGUGCUAUCCUCCUGCCUGAGCCUACCGCAUAGGUGGGAUGACAGACAUGCACCACUGUGCCUGGAUUCUGUCAGAAGCAGCACAGAACCUCAGUAGAAAAGAAUAAAGAUGCAGGUUUGAGUAGCAGCAAGGUCAUUAAUCAUUGGUGCUGUCUACUGAACACUUCGGAUAUUCUAAGAGAGGUGCCUUAGGAGUGGGUGGUGCGGUCUCCCGACCCCUAUCAGACAUCUCCUGGGUUUCAAGGAUCCAACCCUGGAAGGCAGGGCACAACUGGAGCCAAGAGAUGGUCUCUGACCACAAUCCUUCCUACCAACUGUAACCCAGGCAACCUGGUCUAGCAACUCCAGGUUUAGUGCAGGCAACACUAAGCUGAUCGUGAUGUCAGGCAUAAAGUGCCCGCGUGGAUGCCGUCUUAGUUAAAGGUUAAGCUCGCCCUCUUGAUAGAGCAGGAAAGGCUCAGAGUCAUCAGAAGGACAGCACAUACUCAGGAAAAUGGUCAGGAACAAACACCAAGUGUGAACAUUACAUGUAGAAGAGAUAGAUGAUAGCCCUAUAACCAUAGCCCUACACUUUGUCACGGAAAUGGCAUUCCUAUAGAAAUCAAUAAGAGAUUAACCACAGCUCUGAACUUUGUCACAGCCUCUUCCUGUGCAAACUAGAUGCUCUUUUCCUUCUAACCGCCGCAUUUCGCUUCUGUACUUUGAUUGCUUCCUCCAAUCUAGAAAUGUAUAAAAUCCUCUUGUACUCUGAGCUCGGGCUGCUCUCCAAGUUGUUGCUUGGAGGGGCCGUCUGGCCAGACUAAUAAAGGUCUGUUUGACACCA